UUAAACAGCUGAUAAUACAGCUGGUAUAAAAGACGGCAGGCCUUCGCAGUGCAAAUGAUUUUUGUUAUAUAUAACCACAAGUGGAUAACCAACGUAGAGUUAAAUUUUUAAAUUAAAAACCAACAAUGUUAAGGCAAUUAAGUAAAUUAAAUCAAAUUCACAUACGGAAAGUUCAAAAAUUUGGUGGAAAAUUUUCCUUUGCCACUGUUGCUCCAAAUACUACAGAAAAAUGGGAUCUGUAUGCUGGUGUACUGGUGGAACGUUUGCCAGUUGUUUCAAAAAGUUUAACGCCAUUUGAACAAAACUUUCAGGAACAUUUAUGGCGUGUGGAAUUUGAAAACAGUCUUAAAUCUAAUCAUGAACAACAGCAUGAACGCGAUAUUUUUCAUGCAGAGAAAAUUAAAAAAGGAGAAAUCGAAAUCGAUCUUGAUGAUGCAAGUGCAAAGCAAACAGCACAGGAUUUAAAGGAUGCAUAUACAGAAGAAUUGAAAAAGUUUAAGCCAGCUUCCCGCUUAACUAAAGACGACUCACUGCGAAAUUUAACAUCAACGAAUCGUUGUUUAGAAGAAACGCUUUAUCUAUUAGUUGAACAUAAAUUAGGAAAACAAAUGCAUUUUCUAUUGCCACAAGGACCCCGAAAAGACGGAGAAACAAUGAGGCAGACUGCAGAACGUAUACUACAGGAAAAAUGUGGUGAUCAUUUGAAUGUAACGUUUUACGGACAUGCUCCUUGUGGUUUUUAUAAAUACAAAUAUCCCAGUUCAAUGCGUGCAGAGAGUCAAGGAGCCAAAGUAUUUUUUUACCGUGCCACAUUAAAUAAAGGCAAUGUUAACAGUUCUUCAGGCGUGAAAUUUGAAUGGCUUGAAAAGGCCGCAUUGGAGGAAAAAUUUCAAAGCAAAUUAUACUCUGAGAGUGUAAAAAAAUUUUUGUUAUAAAUAUUGAAAUAAAUAUUC